AAAAUAGCCUUUCUCUCGUCCCUCUCUUCCAGCAACCGUGGAAACUUCAGCAUUUUUCUUCUUUUCUGGUUUCCAGAUCUGCUGCCUACCCCAUGAAGGUUGGAGUAGCCGCCCUCGCAGCCGGGAUCCUCGGCAGCACCGGCAUCUUGCUCUUUCUCAUCGCUUUUGGGACGGAUUACUGGCUUCUGGCUACGGAGACCUGUGGUGUCUUUGAGCAUGGGAAUAGCACUCUGCAGGGCGGGGAGGCUGAAACGCUGAUGGAGGUCAGGAAGGAGAUGCUCACUUUCCAUCAUGAGGGCUUCUUCUGGCGGUGCUGGUUCUUUGGCGAGGGUCACUCAGAAACCAUCUGGACCUUCUGGUACACCAGCCAAGCACACCCCAAGUUCUGUACCCAUGGCUACCUCUUCCCCAUGCCCAUUGCUCUCGGACCUUUCCCUCAUCCUUCCUAUGACACAACUGCAGUGUACAGAGGUUUCUGGACGGCGUUCAUCGUGCUGGCUGUCGCCACUGGGCUGGUGGGAGGACUGCUGCUGGUGUGUGGCGUGCCCUUCGUCAGCCCUCGGUCCUACAAAAUCGGAGGUGGAUUCCUUCUCUUCUCGGGAGGCUUAUUUCUCCUGCUCAUAUUUCUCUUUGUGAUAUGGAAGGAGUUCGCUGCUGAUUUUCAGAAGUACAUCCUUCUGGAGAGAAGUGAGAAGUGCAUGGAUGAUGUACCAGUGCACGUGUAUUACGGGUGGUCGUUCAUGUUUGCUGCGGCGGGCAUCCCUCUGGUUUUACUUUCCGGACUUGUCUUCUACUUGGUUGGCAGAGACAUUAUGAAGUCACUGGAUUAAGACAAAUUUGGAGAAGGUCUUUCUUUGAGAACAUUGGUGAUGUUCCUUGUAAUGAAACACACACAAGUUUUGAGAUUGUUUCUGUAGCUAUAAUUGUCAGCAUAGAUGCAUGACUACACUCACUCUUGCAUGGAGGCAGGGAUGAAGCACUGAGCACCCAGUCACUGUCAGUCCAAAACCAGACCCAGCUGAACAUCCAGCUUCAUUCAGCAUUUUCACACUUUGGAGAAAUUUAGGUAUGUGUACGGGUUUUGCAUCAGUUGAAGUCCAAGGAAAAGCCUUUGCUGUUAAAAGCGGAUUCCCCCGGCUGUCAGCAGAGCCCUACAUCCACAUUCAGCAGAGCUGGAGCUUUAUGGUGUUCCCAGCAUCCAUGUUUCUUGUAAGAGGUAAUCGAAUCUGGCUGCGAUGGUGUACACUAUAAUGUCUACUUCUGAAAAGCAAUUAAGGAUGAUUUUUUUUUUUAAGCUGGCUCUAAUUGAUGUCAAAGGACAACCACUUUAACGGGAUGUUGGGAAACAUGAGAAAAUGUUUUCAUUAAAAGCCCUGAUUCCAAAGAUACAAAUGUACCUGGACCUAACCGAACUUUCAACAAGUGAAUAAACCAAUUUCUAUGGCAUGAAACGUAA